AUGGCUACUCCCAAUGAUGCACCCGCUCGCGCAGGGAAUUCCACUCUACCAUCCCUCCCAGAGAUCACAGUCGAGAUCCCCAAGACACCAAAUCGGACCAAUACGGAGGAUACGUUGACUGCAAUUACCGCUGUUGACGACGCCUCACCAGCGACCUUGGCCCCAGAACGAUCUUUCAGACAUAUGCAUUCUCGAAAUCCAUCCACAACGAGUGAGGCGACACUUGCACCACCUGCUACCUCUGCUGGCGCAUCGACUCACACACUGGACUCGUACCUUGACGAUGGAGCGCUGAAGGCCGACCCGGGUUCCGAGAAAGACUUUGCAGUUCUCAACAACAAGUUUGCUUUCUCUCCAGGCCAGUUGAACAAGAUGUUAAACCCAAAGUCACUGGCCGCCUUUAUCUCUCUUGGCGGGCUGCCAGGACUUGAGACUGGCUUGAGAAGCGAUGUCGACGCUGGGCUGAGCGUCGACGAGACAGAGCUAGCAGGAUCUGUGUCGUUCGAAGAGGUCACUAAGCAGUACCGAAAAGCACGCGGUAUCGCAUCAACGCUUCCUCGCCCUGUUGAGGUACGCCAUGUCGAUGUUACAGAUGCUGGAGCAGCUGCGACAGGGCCACAUGCGAACGAUGCUUUCUAUGAUCGCAAACGGGUCUUCAGCGCCAAUGUGCUCCCUGCAAAGAAAGCAAAGUCUUUCUUGAAGCUUGUCUGGGAAGCGUACUAUAAGGAAAGCGUGCUUAUCCUGCUCACAGUGGCAGCUGUCAUAUCACUCGCACUUGGCCUUUAUGAGACAUUCGGUGUUGAUCACGGCCCUGGAGCUCCACCAUCCGUUGAUUGGAUCGAGGGUUGCGCUAUCUGCGUCUCGAUUGUUGUUGUCGUCCUGGUGGGGGCUAUCAAUGACUUUCAAAAAGAGCGUGCAUUCGUCAGGCUCAACGCGAAGAAAGAAGCCCGCGCGGUCAAAGUCAUUCGUUCGGGAAAGUCUUUCACAAUAUCGGUCUACGACAUUCUUGUAGGCGACGUGCUUCACAUGGAACCCGGUGAUCUCAUCCCAGCCGAUGGUAUCUUCAUUUCUGGUCACAACGUCAAGUGUGACGAAAGUUCGGCAACUGGGGAGUCUGACCAAAUGAAGAAGACGAAUGCUGAACAGGUUUUGCGGCUGCUUGAACGCGGUCAUAGUGAUGGCAAAGAUCUUGAUCCAUUCAUAAUCUCUGGAAGCAAGGUAUUGGAGGGCGUUGGUACCUAUCUCGUAACCUCUGUCGGUGUCAACUCUAGCUACGGCAAAAUUCUCAUGGCAAUGCGACAGGAACCUGAACAGACGCCUCUCCAGAUCAAGCUCGACAAACUCGCUAAGGCUAUUGCGAAACUGGCAACUGCUGCUUCCUUCCUCCUCUUAUUGAUCUUGCUCUUCCGUCUCGUCGCAACUUUCCCCGGGAGCCCCCUGAGCCCUGCCGAGAAGGCUUCUAAAUUUAUGGACAUUCUCAUCGUGUCUGUGACCAUCAUUGUCGUCGCUGUCCCGGAAGGUCUGCCGUUGGCCAUCACCUUGUCGCUCGCGUUCGCCACAUCGCAGAUGGUAAAGAUGAACAAUCUUGUUCGUAUCUUGAAAUCUUGCGAGACCAUGGGAAACGCCACUACGGUGUGUUCUGACAAGACGGGCACCUUGACGCAAAACAAGAUGACAGUUGUUACGGGUACCUUUGGCGAAGACUCAUUCGAUGACAAGAACCUCGGAGAAUCAAACAACCGGUCAUCCCAGUUUGCGCAACGCCUAACGGCUCACCAGACGCGCCUUUUGAUUGAGUCUAUCGCAAUCAACUCUACCGCGUUUGAGGGUGACGGUGGCGAGUUUGGCUUCGUCGGUUCCAAGACCGAGACGGCGCUUUUAGGCUUCGCGAAGACCGUCUUGGGCAUGACUUCGCUGUCUCAGGAACGCACCAGUGCGCAGAUGGUUCAGAUGUUACCGUUCGAUUCUGGUCGCAAGUGCAUGGGGGCCGUGCAAAGGUUACCUAACGGGACCUAUCGCCUCCUCAUCAAGGGUGCUUCCGAAAUCCUACUCCGAUUCUCUACAUCGCUUGCUCUCCCAACAGGCGAUGUACCCUUGGACUCAACUCGGAGGAAAGCGAUAUCCGACGUCAUCGAUUCGUACGCGAAACAAUCUCUCCGCACGAUUGGCCUGAUUUACAAAGAUUUUGAGCAGUGGCCUCCGCAAGGGGCUGAAAACCCAGAUGAUCCUUCGGUUGCUUCGGACUUGGGCUCACUGCUCAACGGGAUGGUAUAUAUCGGUGUGGUGGGCAUUCAGGAUCCUCUUCGUCCCGGCGUGCCCGAGGCGGUCGCAAAAUGCAAGCACGCAGGCGUCAUCGUUCGCAUGGUUACCGGCGACAACGUCAUCACGGCAAAAGCCAUUGCUACUGAUUGCGGCAUCUACACUGACGGAGUUGUAAUGGAAGGUCCAGAGUUUAGGAAGCUAAGCGACGAGGAAAUGAACGAAACCCUCCCGCGUCUACAAGUGCUCGCAAGAUCCUCUCCUGAAGACAAGCGCAUCUUGGUUACCAAGCUCCGCGAGCUCGGGGGUAUUGUUGCGGUGACCGGCGAUGGGACCAAUGAUGGACCAGCACUCAAGGCUGCUGACAUCGGCUUCUCAAUGGGCAUUUCCGGCACAGAGGUGGCUAAAGAAGCAUCAGCGAUCAUCUUGAUGGACGACAACUUUGCUUCCAUCCUGACGGCUCUCAUGUGGGGUCGCGCAGUCAAUGAUGCUGUGCAGAAGUUCCUCCAGUUUCAGAUCACAGUCAACAUCACCGCCAUGGUCGUAGCUUUCGUAACUGCCAUCCAGGAUUCCGAGAUGCGCUCUGUUCUGACCGCAGUCCAGCUCCUCUGGAUCAACCUCUUCAUGGAUUCACUCGCAGCGCUCUCGCUUUCAACCGACCCUCCCACAGAAGAGAUCCUUGACCGUCCACCCACACCCCGCAGCGCAUCCAUCCUCAGCCUGACCAUGUGGAAAAUGAUCAUCGGCCAAGCCAUCUACCAGAUAAUUGCGACUUUUGUAAUCCACUUCGCCGGGCCCAAGUUCCUGCCUUACCCUGAAAACGAGAUGCGCACCAUCAUUUUCAACGUCUUCGUCUGGCUGCAAAUCUUCAACCAGUACAAUAACCGCCGUCUCGACAACAAACUCAACAUCUUCGUCGGCAUCCACAAGAACUACUAUUUCAUCGUAAUGAACGUCAUCAUGGUCGGGUGCCAAGUAGUCAUCAUCUACGUGGGAGGCAGAGCAUUCAGUAUUGUGCAGCUCGACGGCAACCAGUGGGCGAUCAGCGUGGUCGUCGCGCUCCUGUGUGUUCCCUGGGGUGUCUGCGUGAGGUUGUUUCCUGACCCAUGGUUCGGGGCUAUUGCUAAGGUUGUCGGCAUGCCGUUCGUGGCGAUCUACCGGCCGCUUGCCACGCUUACGGAUCGCUUGUCGCGCAAGCGCAAGGGGAAGGUGCCGGAGGAUGGCUCAAGUCAUGGGGAGAGCCAUGUGGGAAGGGGCAAGUCCCCUGUUGAGACGAUUCGAGUUACAAGUGGUGCCGAAAAGGGCGUUUUGUGAUCUUCGUAUCUUUAAUUGGAUGCUCCGUAUGUUAUGGAAGAUGCCUUCGAGUGGGCUACGGAACUGCUGCACUCGGUCCAAAGCAAAAGAUACAUACGAAGAAACGUAGGCGUUUGGGGUUACAUGGAGCUCGCGCUAUGCGCUUGAGCUGGAGCGUUUCUUUCCGUACAAAAGCUUCCUAUUUG